UAAGUGGGCAGCUGCCUGCUCGGCAGAUGACUUCCAUUCGCUGAGAGGACUACUCCUAGUGGAGGACUUUAAAAAGUGCUUGCCCGAUCGCAUUGUUGUCUAUUUAAAUGAGCAGAAAGUAACAACUUUAACUGCUGCAGCAACUUUAGCGGAUGAGUAUGUGUUGAUUCACAAAACUACCUUUUCCCCUGUCUCUGAAAGACCACGUCGUGUCCCUGGUUCGCCUCCCUCUGUCCGCCAAACACCAAGUGCAGAAAAAGAGGAAAGAAAAUGUUUCUACUGUCAUCUGGGAGGUCAUGUAAUUGCUGCCUGUCCGGCUUUGAAACGGAAAGAACAAUCUUCGCGGUUUGUCCAGCCAAAGGGCAUUGGUUUGAUUAAAGCUAAACAGACAAAGACUGAAAGGGAGAAAUGCCAAGAAGUGGAUGCCUGUUUCAAGCCAUUUGUCUUUCACGCACGCAUCUCCCUCACCGGCAUGACUGAAGAUCAGCGCUCUGUCCAGGUGCUAAGGGACACCGCAUGUUCCCAGUCGCUUAUUUUGGCGUCGGCGUUACCUUUUUCCGAGCAAUCAGCGUGUGGGUUUGGUGCGGUGCUCCGCGGCAUUGAAAUGGGAUACAUUCCCCGUCCCGUACACAACGUUCACAUUGAAUCUGAUUUAGUUACGGGGUUCUUUCCUGUCGCUGUGUGUGCCGCUCUGCCAAUUCAAGGUGUCAUACUUUUAGUGGGGAACGACAUUGCUGGAGGUAAGGUAACUCCUACGUUAGAGGUGCUGGAUUCACCUCCGUCCGGCACCGGGGCUUUGGCAACUUCUCCGGUGUUCCCGGCGUGUGUACUCACGCGUGCGCGUGCACGGUUGCGUCAGCAGGGGGAUGAUAGUUCAGAAGUCUCACUAACUGACAGUAUACUUAUGCCCAUGUUUUCUGGAGGGACAGAGCUUGAGGAAGCGGAGGAGCCGAUCGCUGCGCAAUCUGUGCCUGACGGUGAAACCAGCGAUCCAUCCAGCCCGAAUGUGCUUCCAGUUACGCGCGGGCGCCUGGCGAGCGCACAGAGAGAGGAUCCAACACUACAGCGUUGUUUCCGAAGGGUGGUGAGUGACAACGGUAAAGCAAGUGGGGAGAAAGUAGCCUUUAUACAAGAUAAAGAUGUCCUAGUGCGCAGAUGGACCCCUCUCCCAGAUACUGAUGCAGAUUGGAAUGUCGUGUACCAGAUUGUGAUGCCUACGGUCUAUAGACAACAUGUGCUGUCAGUCGCACAUGAAAGUAAAUGGUCAGGCCACUUAGGUGUCACAAAAACGUACCAGCUUGUUCUAAAACACUUCUUUUGGCCAGGGUUGAAGGCGGAUGUCGCAAAGUUCUGCCGUAGUUGCCACACAUGUCAAGUAGCAGGUAAGCCAAACCAAACAAUCUCUCCCGCGCCUCUGCAUCCUAUUCCUAUUCCUAUGCUAAUAGACUGCGUGGGCCCCUUACCUCGCACGAAAAGUGGAAACCAAUACUUGCUUACCAUUAUGUGCGCGGCAACCCGUUUUCCUGAGGCGAUCCCACUUUGUAACAUUACGGCCAAAAUGGUAGUGAAAUCCCUCACAAAAUUCUUUUCUACCUUCGGCCUACCCCGGGUAAUUCAAUCAGACCAAGGUACGAAUUUUCAGUCCAACAUUUUUAAACAGGUGCUUGCCACACUAAAUGUUAAACAUGCUGUUUCUUCUGCUUAUCAUCCCGAGUCACAGGGGGCUCUAGAGCGAUGGCAUCAGACGCUCAAGUCCAUGCUCCGUAAGUAUUGUUUGGAAAACGGACCUAAUUGGGAUGAUGGGGUUCCGUUUGUUUUGUUUGCAGCGCGUGAAGCCGUUCAGGAGUCCCUGGGGUUCAGUCCCGCGCAGCUCGUAUUUGGGCAUACGCCUCGUGGUCCUCUAAAAACAUUACAUGACCAGUUCAUAAAGUCGUCACCGGCCAAAAACGUAUUGGAUUAUGUCCGCCACUUCCGUGAGCGACUACAUGUUGCUAAUACACUCGCUAAACAGGCACUUUCCAGUUCACAAGAAGUGAUGAAGCGUCACUAUGACCGUUCAGCUGUAACUCGCCGUUUUCAACCUGGUGAUUUAGUAUUGGCGUUACAGCCUACACCUGUCUCGGCGCUCUCCUCCAAAUUUACCGGUCCGUAUGCAGUCCGUGAACGCAUCAGUGACACGGACUACAUUCUCAAUACUCCUGAGCGAAGGAGAAAAACACGCGUCUGUCAUAUCAACAUGCUAAAGUUAUACCAACGUAGAGAGAGUGAUAAAAGUGGCUCUGUGGACAAUCCAAAGCCGCCCCUCACUGUUUUGCCUCCUCGGAGCGCCGCUUUGAUCGUAACCGAUGCUGCGCUUCCUCACGCCUGUGAUGAUUUGCGGCCGCGUCAUCCAGUCCAGUUGGGCACUAGACUCCCUAAUUCGGAAGCCAUAGCGCAGUUACCUUCCCGGCUACUACAUUUACCUGUUGAGCAUAGACAGGGUGUAAUCGACCUUGUCGAAAAAUGUAGGGCUACCGGCGUGUUUAGUGAUGUACCGACCACAACAACUUUAGUAAAACAUGAUAUUGAGCUGACCGACCCGCGUCCGAUAAAACAACACCCGUAUCGUGCCAAUCAAACUAAGCGAGAACUGAUGAAAGGGGAAGUGCAAUAUCUUCUUGAAAAUGGGUUUGCUGAACCCAGUUCUAGUUCGUGGAGUUCACCCUGUAUUGUGGAGGCUAAGCCCGACGGCUCGCCGCGGUUCAUUACCGAUUUCCGUAAAGUGAACUCUGUUACAGUGCGCGACUCGUACCCAUUACCGAGAAUGGAAGAUUGUAUCGAUAAUCUGGGGAAUGCCAAGUUUGUAAGCAAACUUGACCUGUUAAAAGGUUACUGGCAGGUACCCUUGACCGACCGUGCAGCUGUGGUUUUGGCGUUUGUUACUCCUGACCAUUUUGCGCAGUACAAGGUAAUGGCGUUUGGCAUGUGCAACGCACCCGCCACAUUCCAGCGUUUAGUUAAUACUGUGUUAGCUGGGGUAACUAAUUGUAACGCAUAUUUGGAUGACGUAAUUGUGUACACAGAGACGUGGGAGGAGCACCUGCGCAUCUUGGAGCAGGUCUUCCGCAGACUCGCCCAAGCCAACCUCACAUUGAAUUUGUCAAAGUGUGAGUUCGGUAAAGCGACCGUCACCUAUUUAGGAAGACAGGUAGGGCAGGGACAGGUGCGCCCUGUAGAAGCAAAAAUAAGUGCCAUUUCAGGUUGUCCCGCCCCCUCUACGCGUAAAGCGCUACGGUCGUUCCUUGGAAUGGCAGGAUACUACAGAGUUUUCUGCCGUAACUUUUCGACUAUUGCCCAGCCAUUAACUCGGCUAUUGAGCCCUAAAGUAGAGUUUGUGUGGUCUACAGACUGUCAGAUCGCAUUUUGCAGCCUCAAGGCACUCCUCUGUCACGCCCCCGUGCUAACAGCUCCCGAUUUUGCCAAGCCGUUCAAGCUUGAGGUGGACGCCAGCGGCGUGGGGGCCGGAGCGGUCCUCCUACAGGAAGAUGCGGAGGGAAUAGAUCAUCCAAUAUGCUAUUUUUCCACGCUUGAUGCGAUGGGCACUGAUUGUGCAGGACUACCACUUGGAGAUCUGCCACAAGAAAGGGUCUGAUAACAUAGUGGCUGAUGCGUUGUCCCGGUUACAGUAAGAUAGAGGUAUUUGUUAUAUUUGUGUGAGAUGUUAAAUAACUGGGAGGUUGUGUUUAUGGGAGGGGGUGUUACGGCUGCCGACGGAAACCUCAGGUGAACAGGGAGUCUGGCUGCAACCUCCCACGACGCAGAGGGAAGACCGAAGCGGAUCCGCCUGGAAGACUCCCAGCCAACCAGAAGAGGGCAUUGGAGUGCGCGCCAGGCUUAAAAGGCCAAACGAAUUGCAGCUGGGGGCGGCUACCAAACCCAGAGAAUGACUGUGAGAGCGAGGAAGAGGGCCAGGGCAAGGCACCACUGACACUCUGCACCUCACAGACUUGUGUCAGCCACAUUAGGAGUAGGGGCGCCGUUGGAGAUGUAUUUUUAUGUUUUGGUUAACGUAAGUAAGGAUCUUUGUUACUUGUUGGUUUUGCCAUAGUCUUCCUUCUGAAGGCCUCCUUUUGUUCUAUUUGGUUUUUGAUUUACACGGCACCCCAGGCCCUUUCCCUCAGUUCAUGCGCCCUUGUGUUUGUUUCUUGACUCCAAGAAUAAAUAUUCUUUUUUUUUCACCCAACAAAAGUCUGGGUUUAUGUAUGCGUCCGUCUCCCCCUAGCGACUGGACAUAAUUCCUGAUUUCCUGAUUGCUAAAUUAGUAGGCUACAC